ACAACUCACCGUCCACAGAACCACCCCUCUCCUAGUAGUAGGCUAGUACAACUUUUCACUCACUCCCUUGUAGACCCAAAAAAAAAAAAAAAUCAACACUUCACACUUCCCCAGACAUCAUCCCCGCCGGUUCCCGGAGAAACCAUGUCGGAGAAGCAGUGCAGCCACCACAAGGAGAAGAGAAAGAAGAUGCUCCAGCGGCUAUGUGCCGGACUUCUUAUACUCGCCUUCAUCAUCCUUUUGGUCAUCCUCAUAGUCUGGGCCGUCCUACAACCAAAGAAACCGCGCUUCAUCCUCCAAGACGCCACCAUUUUCAUCUUCAACGUCUCAGCUCCCAACAUCCUCUCCACUAACAUCCAAGUCACCGUUUAUUCCCGCAACCCAAAUGGUAAAAUCGGAAUUUACUACGACAAAUUCGACGUCUACGCCACCUACCACAGUCAACAGAUCACCUACUACACAGCCAUACCUCCGGUGUACCAGGGCCACAAAGAUGUUAAUGUUUGGUCGCCGUUUAUUUAUGGAAACAACGUCCCUAUUGCGCCCUACAACGGCCUAGCACUUACCCAGGACCAAUCCAACGGCGCUGUCCAGCUGAUGAUCAAGAUGAAUGGCCGUGUCAAAUGGAAAGUUGGGACCGUCACCACCGGACGUUAUCAUCUUCACGUCACCUGCCCGGCUUAUAUACCUUUCGGCAACAAGAACACCGGAAUCGUCAUCGGCACCGGAAUCAAGUAUCAGCUGUCGCAGAGUUGCAGUGUUAGCGUGUGACACCACCGCAACCACAGGCCAGCUGAUUCAGCUCCGCGGCAGCAGGGCUCAGUGCCACUAUCAGUAUUUUUAUUUUUCGCUUUCUCCAAUCAGAAGCCUCUUUCUCUCUUCCUAAUCAUUUUUAAAGUUGAUCAAUUUAUAUAAUUUUCACGGAGCAUAUAUUUAUAAUAGGUCGAUCAUAAAUUGUAUAUUUUGCUGAAGAAUAAAAAUACGACGAAGUUGUGACAAUUAGCAAAAUUACAAGUGCUUAAAACUU